AUGGAUCCAACCAAGCCCAGGUAAAGUCUAUAAUUUGAUCUAUUAAAAAGUGGGGCGAUAAGCGGGAGAAGGUGAAGGUGUUCGGCACUUUAGAGGGACAUUUUACUUCUUGUCUUCGGUGUAAAUCACUUCAGUGUCAAAGCUGCUGUUUUAGAUCUACGAGCUAUCCUAAGGUAUUUGUGUUGUUGAUUGACAGAGGGUUAAAAUGACAAGAAACCCCCCUUAUAUGAACUUAUUCUAAGUCUUUAAAUGAGUUUAAGUGUUAAAGUUGCAACAUUAAAUCUCUUAAUUUAUCCUUAUUAUGUUGCUGUGGGAUACAGACAGGGGUUGUGAACAGGUAUGACACCGCGAUGAAAGCACUUGCGUGGCAGCUUUGAUGUUUGACAAGAAAGCAUGAGUAGAUUAGCUCAGUAUACCUGUCUGCAGUGUGUUUGCUUUUAGAACAACAACUUAAACCUGUUUAAAUACGAUCAGGAAUACCAGUUAAAUCAGUGCACUGACAGUACGCCACAUUAUAUAACUGCGGUGACCAAACAGAGUGAAAGAAUGGCUCCUCUCUUAAGGCUACAACUAUCUUUAACUCUGGGAAACCAGCGCUUUAAGAGUACAGUCAGAGACGCAUUCCUUACUGCAAUCUGUAGCAGGACAUUGUGCAAGUUGUGAAAGUGUUGAAUUUAACAAAACUGGUGUCACUUGAGUCCCGGAGUAACACUAUGACCCCCUCGACUCUGAAACAGGAGCUGUAGCCAUGUGAAACAGCUGGUGUCUUGUUAAAUCAUGCUCACUGUCUGUAACAUGCCGCAGUAAUGAUUUCUGCUUCACUGGCAGCCUGAUUACCUGACAUGCUCUUAAAAACAGUCUUAAAAAAGAGCAGCAAAACUAUUACGAACACACCUAUGUUGAGCUUUUAUGUUAUAUAACUUCUCUUUCUUUUUUCUUCCUACAUUGCUUUCCACUUUGUUUAAUACUAAUGUAGUUUUUCUCAUAUUCUUUGAAAACAAUCUUACAGAACUAAAUGUUGUCCGUUCGUCUAGAGUCUCCCAGCUGUCAGGUCAGGACAGAUAUAUCUGACAGAUUCUUGCUUUUUAAAUCAUGUUGCUACAUUUUUUUUGUGGUUCAUUCUAUGACUGGAGGCCCUUUACAUGUCUGAACUGAUAUAUUACAAUACAAUGCAAAAUGCCUCAUUUUGAAGACAAUGAUAACAUUAUGUUUUGGUUGUUUUUUGGCUCCUGGUAGACCUUACUUGUUUUUUUUUCUGCUUAGAAAUGUGGUGGAAAAACUGCAAGGAUGUCCCCUAGCUGAUCUGUGUUAGCCCUAUUUUCUGCUUGUUAAAAUCAUUAACAAUUGGUACCUACCUAUAAGUGUUUUUGAUUUAUUUUCUCUUGGAGAUUUAUCUUCUUGACCGCUGAUCUAUAGGCCUACAAAACAUUACUUUGGAUUACUUUGGCUUUUGUUAUACUUGUUUUCUAUCCAACUAAAAUAAGGUGAUUUUCUUUUUGUGAUUGACUUCUAACAGCUAGUAGACUUAUAAAACUGAUAGCUAGCAGGCAUGUUUUAUUGUGGUGGUAAUAAGCUAAUAGAUGUCUGAAAUGAUGAGGGAAUCCCAUUGUUGCUAUCAGUGUUUGUUUAUACAGCUUUGUUCCUAAAAGGAAGUAUAAGUGAACCUAUUAAACUGAAAACAAAGCAUACAGUGUCUAUCCAUUCAGUCUUCCACUCUUGCCUCUCUUGUAAAGCCUUUUCUUCUCUCAAACUAUGCUCUCACACACCUUAAGUUGGCAAUGAGUAACCCUGUCUGCUUAUCCUCAGCCUUUCCUCAAAAGCACCACAUGUAAACAAUGGCGGAGGAAAUGAAUCCCUGAUGGAGGAAUCGGCAUGGCGAGAAGGUGUGGAUGGGGAGAGGCAGAGGGACACCAACGAAAGCAGAGAGACAGAUGUUGUGGAUGGGACGACAGCAGCUGCAGAGACAAACCAACACCACUGGGGGUCAGCAGACAAAAGCAAAUUUAACACCACAGGCUUUCAGGCAAGUGAAAUAAGACAGAAAUGAACUGGAAUGUGAAUAAGUGCAGAACAAGAGAAGUGGUGCAAUUUUAUUCAGCUAUUUUUAGAUUACAUUUUCUGGUUAUUAUACGUAGACUUGUGAUUUAUACUUUAAGGACAGGACCAUUUUAAGACUAAAGCAUUAUGUUAAAUGAGUUUUUCGUCUGGAUUGGAGUACUUUAGCAACUGCUACUUUUAAAAAAACACUUUUUAAAUAAUCUACAUUUUUUUACAUUUUAAUGCCGAAAAAGUUACUCUUUACUGAAAGUUGCCAAUGAACACACUCAGGGGAUUUUAUAAAGCUUUAAAAAUGAAGUUUUAAAUACUAAAACUGCACAGCAAAGUUCAAGUUUAGGACUCUGUUAUUUGCAAUGUUUUACAGCAUUGCAGGUUUUUAAAGGUAGAACAGCCCAACUCUUAAUAAGAAAACCAGACUCUCCUUGCACAAUAAUGUGUAAGUAAUAAAAACAAAUCUUAUUAUAUUGUCCUAUUAAAGUCUAGUAUUGUUUAAGUACAAGACACUAUAAGAAGGCAAUUGAGCAACAAAGUGUUCAAUAGUUUGACUUUGGUGAUGGUAUUGUGCAUUUUUCUCAUUGCAGGGCUUGACAAUAGUAAGUAAACUUUUAGUAUCAUGGGGGAAGAUGACGCUAAGAAAAUCCCAGAAGUGUGUCAAACCGUUGGUGGCCCUGAAUCUGCUUUUGAAAUCUGUAAAGCAUAAAUCAUGAGUGUAACCGCAGUCUAGAUUUGUACAUUGUUCCGCGCUGUUGUUUUAUGUUUGUUGAUACAAACUUGGAAAUGUGCGCAAUCUUCUGCUGCUUUCACAUAAAUUGAAAAAGCCUAUACUGAUUUUCCGUUUCGCAUGACUUUCCAGAGAAGGACCAAGCAGAAGGUGGUGACUGAUUUUGCCACAGUGAGUAAGGGAACAUCUGCGGGAGCCAAACCCAGAGCUGCACUCAGACAGGUCCUGUUCAGUCAGGGCGUGUCAGAAAAAAACUCGUCGUCUGAGGUAUUAUGUUGUCUGCUGUUCCUCAAGCUACACGCUGACAUGUUUAGAAACAGUCGAGACUUGCUCUAAUGAUUUACCCACACUCAAACAACCAAAAACACUUGCAGCCCUUCUUAACCUGAUUCAUUCGUGCACUUUUAAAUAGAGCGCAUACUUUAGUUUCACAUCAGAUAUCAUCUUUUACCCUCCCUCACCCUUGAGUUUUUACAAGCCCUUCUUGUUUUCUUACCAUCUUCUUUUUGUCUUCCCUACCUUAAUAACCCCUCAGGAGCGAGGGCAGCUGGAUGUGUUGAAGCAGGGUCUGGAGAGCUUUGCUGUGCCAGCCAGUCUCAAGUGGAAGUGGAAUGAGGAGAAUCUUGGGACAACACUAGAGAAGAGCUGGACAGAAAUAGUGCACUCUCAUUCAGUAAGGGUCCAUACAACUUAACAGUUAAAGAUAAUAUUAUUUUUAACAGUCAGAAACUCCAUUAAAAUACUUAAUUCAAUAAUAAAAUUAACCUUACCUUUAGGUCAAGAGCCCGGGAUUAGUUGUUUUAGUGAAGGCCUCUGCUUCAUAUACCUAAAGAAAACUAAUUAGUGAGCCACAUAUUGCACUAGAUGACAUAUUUCUUUACAACCCAGAACCUUUAGGCUACUAGUUUGAGUCAGUUCAUUAUGCACUAUCUUGCAGCUGUAACACAAAUGCACCACAUCUACACCUGAAAGUAGUCCUAAGAAGGGCAAUUUUCCCACCUAUUUGCAAUUUUCCUCUGGCAUCGUAGUAAAAUGGAAAUCACACACUGUUAUAAUCUCAUAAUGUUCUGUUUUAGGGUUUAUGUUGAAGAAAUCUUGCAAAAAAUCAAAAUGUCUUUAUUAUUAGAUAUCUUGGCAACUGGAUUGACUCCUUAUUGUGACGAUUUUUGGGGAAAUUAGUCAGAAUUAAAAGAUUGAACAAAAUAUUAUCAUCAGCACAACUAAUCGAUGGAAUUUAGCCACCUAGCCUAUAUGAUAAAGUUACCAUUGGACAUAGUUGAAGGCUAGUAAUUUGUCAAAGUUCACAGAAGAAGAAAAAAGUAAAUUUCUAGUUACACUAAUGUAAGCAAGUAUUUAUUCUUACUAGCUAUUGUAAAAGCAAAUGAGGGCUAGCAAUAGCAUUAGUCUUACCUGGCAUUAACAUUAGUCAUCAUUAGUCAUUUCUAUAUCCGAUUUUUUGCUAAAAGAGGGCAUUUUUUACUUUGUCAUGUGUUACUGUAGGCCUGGAAGGGGAAUUUACUAGAGAUGCACCGAUCCAAUUUUUUUCCAAUCCAAUCCGAUACCGAUACCUGGGCUGAGCGUAUCGGCCGAUAUUCGAUACCGAUCCGAUACUACCGUUGAAUGAAUUAACUGUAUACCUUGCCCUGUGAGUGAAGGCAUCAGGCUUGGCAUUUGCCUUGUUCAAAAAAAGCUAACAAAUUAACACAGAUAUAAAUUUACUUAAUCUUAAUUAUUAACAAAUAACAAGUUGCACAUUAGCACACAGUGAAAAGAAGUGAGACUUCGAUAUAUUAAAAGAAAAUUUAAUUAAAAGAAAAAAAAAAUACUGGAACAUUGGAUCGGCAUCAUUCAUCAGAUAUCCAAUCCAGUUAAUUUGUCAAUAUCGGAGCUGAUAUCCGAUCCAAAUAUCGGAUUAGUGCAUCCCUAGAAUCCACAGAUACUAACUUUAUAGCUAUUUAGUUUCUUUAAUGCUGGUCUGAUUUGGCUCUCCUGUUUUGAUUUCAUUUAACAGACGAUGUCUAGGAUGCAGAGGCACCAGCAGGAGGCGCUGUGGGAGUUUGUUCACACUGAGCUCACCUACAUCAACAAGCUCAUUAUCAUCAGAGACGUAAUGUUCCGUUUUCUACCUGCCCUCGCAGUCUAAUUUCAAUAUUCAGUAUUUCUUUGUAUUUGUCAGCGCUGAAAAGGUGUUUUCCACAGGAUGUUUAACAAAGUUGUGUCUGCUCCCCACAGCUGGUUAUUGCAGCUCUGGUCAAUCUGCACCAACGUGGAUUUCUCGUGGAGGUCAGUUUGCAGAGCAUUCAACCUCAUUUAGAUGGAAACACACUAAAACCUGCUGCACAGCACAGUCGAAACGAGACCUAUUUUCCGCUGUUCUGCAUAUCACUGACACACAUUGACUUACAAAAAGAGAACAUCCGCUCUCGUCUCACGUACAGAAAAAAAAACGAACAAGUGGAAAAUGUAGAACAACAACUGAUUUCCACUGAGAAGAUGGAAAAUAUUUUAAAGCAGGGGAGUUAAACUCUUAAAGCUUACAUUUUUAUUCUUAUUCGACUCCUUCCUGUGACAGAUGACCCCUAAGCUGCUCUUCUCCAACCUCCCCUCCAUCAUCAGUGCACACCAGCUCUUCUGGCAGGAGGUGAUUUACCCCAUGUUACAGGAAGUCAGGAAGACUGGGAAACCCUUUGACCCUAUGAGGUUAGAGGCUGGAUGCCUGCAGGUAUAAACACAGACAGUACAAACACACUUGUUUGCUCACGUGCACUAUUGCACAGACUUUUCCUGUAUUUUACUCAAGUUAUUCAAGUUUCUACAACUGCACGUAUUCCACAUUUCAUUUACAUGUGCAACAGUUACUUUGCAGAUUAUGAUUCCAAUACGCUUAGUAAAAAUUUACAAUUCAUCACCAUUGGAGAAAAAAAAAAAAAACUUUAUAGAAACUUUUAGAAAAUUCCAGACUCCACUGAUUACGGGCUAAAUCUCUGUGUGCUGAAGUAUUGAUCCUCAAUGUUUAACCCUAACGCUAAAAUUAGUAACACCAUCACUAUUGCCGGGGGAUUUUUACCCGAAAUAAUAUACCCAAGAAAAAGUACUUGUCAUGAAAAUAUAUCAAAAUGGCAUGACAAAUUACAUUAGUUCUCUUUUAUUUUUAACUGUGCAAUGUCCAAAGAGAGGAAAAAAAGUGCCAUGAGGGGACCAUAUAAAAAAGCAACAAAAUAACUGAAAUUAGGCAUUCAUGAACAAAAAAAUCCAUAUAUAUAGAAACUGUAAACUUAGUUUCUUUUCCACCCAUUCCUGGGGCAUGUGAGUCUUCCCUGGUGAAGACUCAGGGUCCUUGGCACAAUAACAGCUGCAGGAGAGAGAACCAAAAUAUGGCAUAUUUUGAGUGAUAGUUAUUCAUAACCACUGCACUAAAUAAAGAUAACAUGCAAAUUACAGGACCACUCUUACUGACCUUAUUCCCUACAUGCAGCUAUCAAAUCCACCCAAACCUACUUUACCCUCUAUCACUAUUGCCGGGUGAAAAUCACCCGAACACAUGACUGUAGGAAAAAGCAGGUUUUGGAUCAGGGAAAUAUGCCUUCAAAGAUGUCAAAGUCAAUGCUGAAACUACCCAGGGACCCAUGAUACUCAGACAAACGCAACAUAAUGAAAAUCACAUAAACAUGUUUGGUCGGGUGAAAAUCACCUGGCGAUAGUGUUCUAGGGUUAAUAUGAAAAUAAAGUUACAACAGGAGUCAAUCUGGCUGAUAAUUUAUAUGUUUUCUAUUUUUUCAGGUACAUUUUUCUUGUAGAUUUUCUUUCAUGACUGAUAAAUAGAAUAUAUUGUUUCAUAAAAAAUAAGCAGCAGUUUGUCUUUUCGUCCACAGUUCCAUGAGCGUUUUUCCUCCUAUCAGUAUUACUGCUGGGAAGAGGAAAACAAUCUGGAGUUUACACGCAGGCAGAUGGAGAGCAACCCUCACUUUCUCGCAUAUGUCCAGGUGGAGUUUGCAGCACUCAUCUACUCUCUUCACAACACUCACUGUGCAUCAAGACACACACUCAGGUUCACGUCAGUACAACACUGAAGAAAAAAAAAACUUGCAGUCCAGAAAUAAACAACUCAAUUUCAUUGUGAUGGAAACAUUGCUCACAAAGAACAGGAACCCUCACUGUAAAUGCGUUUGUUCACCACCUGCUUUUUCACUUAUGUCAUACCACCGCAUUUUUAAAACUUCGUGGGAGGUGAGAUUUUUGUUUUCAACCACGCUUCAAAGCCCACCAAAGGCACAUUUAUAAAGAAAUGGUAUUAUGUGGGCGUUAAAAGGGUCCAGUCUUCCAAAUCAAACAAAACAUCAACACUUUGCUCGAGAAGUGGUUUCUGUUUGUGAGCAUACAGCAUUUGGGUUGUCAAAACACGAAUGUAUCAGUCUUUGUCUUCAGUUCAAGCUCAGUGAAUAUGAUGGUGGAUAGCAUCCUGGAUUUUCACGGUCACCUGCAAACCCCCCCACUGAACAGUUUUAUUGCAGAUAAUUUUUGAUUAGUAAGGGUGAUGAAAAAGACAGAGUGCUUGUUCAUGAAAAAGACAUGUAUAUUAAUUGCUUCAAAUUAAUUUUUUAGUUUUAGGAGAAGCAUACAACCUUAAAAAAUAAAAAUAUACGUGGUUCAAUACUAUUAAGAUCGCUGCAUGUUGCCAUUGAGAUCAAAUUUGGAUGAACUGUCCCUUUAAUUUGGACAAUUUCAUCAGGAGCUUCAAGGCCAUGGUAUAUAAAAGAUAGCUUUAAGUUUUAAAAAAGCAUACAGUCAUGAUUUAAUUACUGACUUGUUUGUGUGUUUCUGCCAAGUCCAGUGGGUGGAGACUCACCCUCAGUGUGAUCGGAUGCGGCUUGGGGACAUGCAGGCCAAACCUCAUCAGAGGAUCACCAAGUACCCGCUCCUGUUAAAGGCCAUCCUAAAAACUACCCAGGACCCUCAAGUACAGCACGCACUCAGGGGCAUGGUAAGAAACUGUGAAACGAUAUAAAACCUACAAUUACACCAAAAUCCAUUUUUAAUGCAACACAGUAAAUGAGUGUCUUUUAUUGUUUCACUAUCAGGAAAGUAUGAUUACAAUAAACAGGUAGAGAUCAGCAAAACAAGACUUGGGCUGCCUUAUUAUUUGAGACAAAAUUUCCACUGGCUCUCAUUUACUAUGUCUCCGUUCUCCUCCAGUUAUCCAAUGUGAUCAGUUUUCUGGAAAGUAUCAACGACUACCUGAGGCUAAAGGACGAGGAGCUUGCUCUUGCCAUCUCAGCUCAGAGGGUGGAGGGAUAUGAGGUGGAGGGAAUAAACGAAGACAUAGACAAGGUAUUGUUUAAAGUUUAAAUAAAUAGUCAGAUAAAGUCUACGAGAUCUCUUUUUUUUAAAGCCAAUCAUGACACAAUAUAGUUUUCCUUCUUCCUUUAAAUCUCUGAUAUGGAGCAGACUGUCAAUUCAUAUUAUAGCUGAACAUUAUUGAUAGUAUCAUAUAUUUUGGUACUAAUGAUAACUAAUGACAGAUUUCUUUGACAGCUUGUCCGUGAGAUCACCCAGUUUGACCUGACCUGCCCCAUCAGAGGAGUGGGUCCAGAGGUCGUUCGUAAACUGAUGCUGGAGGAGAACUUGAAGAUUCGCGGGAGAAAAGACAGUAAAGUGAGCAGAGCCUGUGCACUUCUGUUCAAGUUAAACUCUAUCCACAGAACAUUUUUGUCAUUACUUUUUGUGUUUCUCUAAAUGUUGUUGUUUAGUUGGAGGUGGUAGCUCUGCUUUUCUCCGAUGUUCUUCUGAUGACCAAAGUCCAGAAGAAAGGAGAGCGGCUAAAGGUAGUCCGACCUCCUCUGGCGCUUGACAGAACAUACUGCAUACCGUUAAAAGAUGGCUGUGAGUACUCCUGUCUUAUUGCAAAACAUGCAUGACAGACUGUCGUACAAUAAAUCCUUAAACCGUUCCUCCUCUCUCUGCAGGUUCGUUUGUUGUUGUUGAAGUGGGUGAGCUCCAGAGCGCUAUGAACGUCUACAUAUUUGUCGCCAGCACCCCAGAGAGCUGUUCCAAAUGGGUCAUCACCAUCCAGCAGGCAAAGGUGAAAACAGACGCCAAAUCUCUUACAACGAUAGUAGAGCGUGACUUCAUUGAAAUCAUCCCCAAGCUAAAGUUGGCUCCAGAUUGGCAAUGUCCAUUUGUGAGUUUGAUCCAGACUGAGUUAUGUCCUAAACUUAUGGGUGGAAAACAAUUAAAUCAAGUAGCAAAGUUCCAGUAACAGGUUUCCUCUCCUACACUAAAAUUAUUUCAAUAAUCAUUAUACAUUUCAUGUUAUCACUUCUAUUAGUUAGAGGUGAAAAGUACCUUCUCUGACAAAUAGACAAUCGUAGCACAAAGGUGGCCUAUCAGACACAAAAGGGGGGCCCACACCACCCCUAUCCACUCAAAUGAACACACCCCUGCAUACAGAUAACUCCUAACUCAUCAGCUGUUUAAGGCUUCACUGAUGUAUCUUCAUGUUCAAUCAACAGGAAAAACUGAAGGACCUGAGAGAGACGGAGCGUAUCAGACAACUGCAAAAAUGGAAACCAGAGCAGCUGGAGGACAAACCUGUUACAGACACCGAGAUGAACCAUUUGGAGACAGAUGAAGAACCUCAUGUACGAAAAAGAGGAGAGACUUUUGUGGAGGAACUCACGGAGGAACUCAUUCAGCCUCAAUCAGUAAAUGGUAUGUUGGCAUCUAGAGAAGCAGAGGAACAACGUGAACAUCCAGAUGAUUUCGCCACCAGCAGCACUCGCGUACCUUUUUUUCAAUCCCUGCCUGCUGAAAACAAUCAAACAAUAUCACGCAAGGGCUUUGCUGGCCGGCAGCAACCAGUCCAGGGGUAUGAGUGGAUAGAGAUGGGAGUGAGAAGAGAACAAUUUGGGAUGAAUCCAGAGGAAGAGAGGAGAAUGAUUCACUUGGCAAGGACAAAGAAGGGAAAAUUUCUCGGCUUUGACCACAGGGUGCAUUCUGCCCCAAAUCUGGAUCAUUUCCGUCAUACUGUAGUCAAUCCCUCUAGGUACAACACAACAGGACCACAUGCUCUCCUGAUAGGUGGAUAUCCAGAUAUUGACUACCCAAUGGAUGAAGAAACUUCCAUACAAACUCAUCAGCAAACAAAUAACACCAAGGAAGAGCCUGAGUUAGUAGGACAGCCAGAAGAAGGAGGAACAUCAGCAAGGACAGAUGCAGAUCCUCAGUUUGUGAAGCAGGACAUAGGGAGGAAUUUUAUCAUCAAUCAGUCUGGAGAUCUAGAGACAUCGACACAGAUGUGGGGUUUCUCCAAAAAUUUGAAGUCACCAGGGUUACGGAGGCGGAGGCCGGUCAGCACCCAUCAGGGUGUCUCCACUCAAGUGACGAGGGAGUUCUUCCAGGAAGCACCAAAUAACUUCUCUUUCCACAACGCUGACUCAAGGUACAAUGGAAAGAUGAAGAGAAACUCUCUUCCUGUUGGCCACAGCGCGGACACCCUCCGGGUGCUGAAGCUGGGCUCCCUGAAGUCAAACCAGGGGAUGUUUUGGGAAAUACAGGAUAGAUAUUCUCCAGACCCUCAAACAUUGUCUGAGUCUGAACUGCCUGACCCUGACUACUUCAACCCAAGACCCAUCAUGAAAACCAAAAGGAGUGCCUCCAUUCCUAAUAUCAUCAUCCAAGGAGACCGUGGACUUCGACUGCACUCCAGCGGUCUUAACACUCUCCCUCUUAUAGAAGAUACACAGCUCCCACCAUCUGAAGACAGUCGAAACGGACAAGCCUCACCCCUGGAGGGUCUCUUAGAAAGAGCCAAAGAGAGAGGGAGGGAGAAAGGCGGACUGAAAAGAAACAGAUAUUUGAAAGUUUCUAAUUUGAGGUCAGGGCAUCCUCCUCCUUCUCCCUCAUUUUCCACCACACCAUCACCACCUCCCAGUGAUGGAGACAGAGACACAGAGUGGGAGGAGGAGGUGGAGGUGAUGAGACACAGAGCCCUGACAGUGAGUCAAGGAUGGAAGGAGCAGCUGGUGGAUGGUGAUGAAGAUGGCAAGAGGGACAGGUUAGUAUAACAGAGUUCUCAUUUUUGACUUAGCGCAGAAUCUCGACAAAGUUUGACUCCAUCUUUAAAGUUGAAUAAAACUCAAAAGUGACACAACUUGUCUUGAACACUGGAACAUAUGCGGUAUCAUCAGCACACUAAACAUGACUUUAGCAUUGUUCACACAAAGCUGCCAAUCAGAGAAGAAACAUGAUCAUUUUUAGUCUAAUCAAGAGAAAGUAGACCUCAGGAAAUAUGUUUGAUAUUUCAGUUUUUACAGCACUUUAUAGAAAUCCUACUGAACAACUACAUUUAUUGUUGAAUUAUUUAUAAAUAAAAGAUAAAGAUUACUGAGUGAAGUUCAACUGAAUAAAAGACAGCACAGAUUUUAAGUGGAAGACAAUCACAACAAAGUCUUGGAGUUUUUUCCUGCCAACAAAUUACAAACAUAACAGAUACAAGCCAACGGAUUAGAAAAAUAAAUACCUUUGUAACCUGCUUCACGUGAAGGUCUGAGGUCUUACUCGGUCGAAGAGUUGCAUUUGUGAGCCUUAGACUGAGUGUUGUGUUCAUGGACACUUGUAACAAAAGCUCAGGUCCUUUGUUUAAAGGAAUGACUCCCGCCUGCUGCUUCAUGACUGCCUCAUCUUUCAUAGCAGACCUGCCGCAGUAUUACAUUUCAGUUUAAUUUAAAUUAUUAACAGUAAGCAUGCUCUGCGCUGGUCAAUAUAUGCAUUUGUUUCCUCCUUAGUGUGGGAAGUAACACCCAAGCUGUCAAAUCUUUACUAGAGAAAUGAGUUUUCAGAGUUGAGUGGGCUGCUAAUGGACAGAUUUCUCUGUGAGAAUGGAAAAUUAUGUUUACGGCGUCGUCAACAACAGCUUUUACCCUCAAGUAGCUACUCCUACAGCAGUGAAGCCUGGUAUUCAACCUCUUGGCUUGACCAUUUUAUCAGUACGGCUGAUGCUCAUUCUAUCCUGCAGUCAGUCAGUACGCUGUAUGAGACAUCAUGAACUGAUCAUAUACCAUUUGUCGAGAGCCUGGAUGUUGGUAGUCACCCUGAUCUGACCGGUGAGCUAAAUAGGCCAAAAUUGAAAUAGAAAGCCUUAAAUUACAAUGAGGUGGUAAAAGAAUGAACUCACUUCAAGUCAUAUUUAUCAUUACAUCUGACUUAACUAAAAAUAAUAAAGUUUGAAACUACAAUACAUUGUAGAUAGCAGAUUUUCCACUUUCAUUUUUUUCCACUUUACAGAAUAUUCAUCAGGAGAUUGAAGUCUGUCAUUGUUUAUAUAAUACAUACUGUAAUGUUGCUUUUUGAGCAUUUUUUUGGCAUUACUUUGAGGAUUAUGCAUGCUAGUUUUUUUAAAGGAAUCCACUCUUUUUGGCUUCUUUAACAGAAUUUAAUUGAUGUUGUACCUCAGCGUAUACUGUAGGCUUGUUCAAUGAUAGGAAAAUUACCUACACACACACACCCCCACAUGCAUAUAUUUAUAUAUAAAUAUAUAUAUAUAUAUAUAAAUAUAUAUAUAUAUAUAUAUAAAUAUAUAUAUAUAUAUAUAUAUAUACAGUAUAUAUAUAAUGUAUAUAUACACAUAGCAAAAAUAAUAAGAAUUAUUCUUUGAAUAUAAAACAAUAAAAACAGCAAAAAAGAUAGAUGAUUAAUAUAUAAAUGAAAGUAAUGAUAAUAAUCUUACAGUUAAAUAUUCUGACUUAAUGAAACAGACAGAUAUUCUCUGUUUGUCUUUCAGUGAUGGAAUACAUUUAACAAAAGUAGACAAUUAAUUCUUGAUGAAGUUAUCAGUACAUCCUCUGAAGUUGUACUUAAUUUUCUCUUAAGAAAGAAAAAGAAAAGACUUUUGAUCUUUCAACCAGAUAAAAAUGUUUUGAUCAUGCUUCUCCAUCCCUCUCCUCCUUCAGUGUAAUCUUCGCUGACGGUGUGAAUGUGGACUGGUCAGGUUGGUGCUUCGACGACGAGGAAGUCAUGGAUCAUUUACAGCCUGAAAUGGAGGGACUUCUGGAGGGCAUCAGCCGGUCUUUGGCCUUUGGGAAUUUAUAUCGACUCUCCGAGCAAGAUGACGCAGAGAUCAGCCAGGUGUAGCUCUAAUAAGACGAGAACUCAGACUCAGCGCAUGUAGAAAAACUCUACAUGGACAGAUUCACAGAAACGCUCUCUUCUUAGGGAAACUAUUUAAAAUCUUCUCCCACAUGGCCUCUGAUAAUUUCUUACUCAUGUUAUUAAUGAAAUCUAUAUUUUUUUAGAAGAACGCCAUAAUUUGUAUCAAGUGUUUUGUGUAAAUAUGAUGAAAAGAUAUUUUUAUAAAGGACUGUAAGUUAUUUAUAUUGUAU